AUGAACGGGGACCGGUCGAGAAGUACAAUGAUUUGCCAGAAGGAAGUCUGGAAGACAUGCGUGAUUUGUGGUGAUCUCAAUAAGCAAAUUCUGAUGCGUAGCAUUACAGAAGCAUCUCAUCUCCACGUUAUCGUUGCUUAUCUCAAGUUUUCUGGAUCAAUCGACCACACCAGGAACUUCUCCACAUAUGAUAAGUACAAAACCUAUGAGUGCUAUGUUUGCUUGGAUCACAUUGAUGCACCGGCGAAGGCUCUUCGGAAAGUCUACUCCUUCCCAUUGAGCACGACACAAACGAGCGAGAAAUGCAACCUUAAAGGACUGCUCGCAGUUCUCAAACAAUACAUGCCACCGGAGUACAAUAAAAUGACGGAAAAAGAGCUUGACGAAGCAAUUCCAAAUUUUUCGGUUCCGAUAACGAAGACAGCACAAAAAGUAGAUUGUUCCUGUUGUCGCAUUUUGACAAAAACCCGUGAUCGUCUCAAAACUGUACUUGAAAACGCCGAAGACACGCCGACCUGCAUCAGAUUGAACUUUGCAGUUUUCCAAGAAUUGACUGAGAUCGAGAAUCAGCUUGACCUCGUAUCUGGUCAAAACGAAGGAGUCAAAGCUGUAUCAGAAUCGCUCGCGGUAUCUCUGAGACAAGAGGCUCAUGAGAACUAUUUGCUGGGAUUUGAGAAACAAAGAAUGAGUCAGUUGAAUGCAAACUUUCUGAAACCUGUGGAACAAAAUCAUAAAAAGCCAACGUUCGAAAUCGUACCAUUUGUCCCACCAAAACCACGACGUCGCAUUCUAAAAAUUCUUCCCACGCACCCAGGAGUACCGUAUUCUCAAAACUCACAUCCUCAUCUACUCAGAAAUCCGAUAUAUACUGGAAAAUCGAAUAAGAAUUCAAAUAUUCUAAUGGAAAAUUGGGAACCCCCAUGCAGAAGCAUUGAUCGAAAACGCAAGAAUCCGUUGUCUCCGAUACUCACUCAACUAUCCACUACCAACGGAACAUACUUGAAAGAAAACCCAACUCAUUUUCAAUUCUUCGACUCGCCUAAUAUAAGACUCGAGCCUUUUGUUAAUUUCGCUCAAGGACUUCACUCACCACCACCAUUCAACGAUCAGAACACCUACGAGUGUGCGAAAGAAAUUCUGAAUUCGAAGCUUAUCGUGUUCUCUUUCCGUACACUGAUAGCUUGGUUCCCUGAAAAAGAUGUCAACAUUAUUCAAGGUGCUCUGAUGAAUCUCGAAAAAUCAGGAAUCAUUCAUUACCUUUCACAACCGGACGAUACUAUUUUCAUCAAAGAAAUUCGAAGAGAAUAUUUGAAAAAUCUGUGGAACUAUGGAAUCAUUCCGGAACACUUUCGACAGCGUUUGCUCAGUCAAAACACAUCGGACAUAGUCCGAAUGCAGUUUGAGAAACACAAGAAAUCUCUGCUUACAUUGAACAGCAAGCCCAACGUAUCUGAGCUUAUCAGCGAUAUUCUCUCAGCAACUGAUAAUUCAGAACUGGAAAUUGAGUUUGGAAAAUUCAACUCUGAAGUGAAUUCAUCGUUUUCCAAUAACACUUUGCCAUCUGAAACAUACUGA